AUGACCAGCUUCAGCCGUGUCUGUCGUUUGCGGAUGUGCCCAGAGCCUGGCAUGGUGGCCAUCAUCUAUAUCGGCAUCUCAUAUAGGGACACAAUGACCACCAAUACUGGCCGGCGCCAGACGAGCCAUAGACCCAGACCAGAAAGAAAAGAGAGAGACUGCGUGGCCGCCGCCGCGAGGGGCCAAGAAGACCGGGCAGCGGACGAUGGUCGAAGGGGCCUGGACAACGGUGAUGCGUCUUCACUGUUCGGCGGCACUCAGCCCGAACAAGAAGAAGCCAAGAUGCCUUCCGCCAAGCCGGAUGGUACUAUUGGCCAGGAUGGCACAGUCCACUAG